UUACCACGACCCUGGCUGAAAUUGAAAGUAGCGAUGUCAUCUCUUACGGGUUGUCGUCGGAUGCUUCAACAACACUCCGUUUUAUUAAGAUUUACACAAAAGGGUGUCAGAACAUUUUCUUCAGGUGCCUUGAGAAGCAUUCAUGAUUACAAUAGCCACCAUUUAGUCAGCUUUUCUGCAAGUCAUCGACAUAUUAACCAAUUACAGCCCGUUGCAUCCCUUCACUGCCACUGCUUUCGCAGACUGUACUGUAAUUCUUCAUCUAACACACCACAAAAGCCCCCGAAUGAACAGGAGUCUAAAGCAAAGCCAGAGGAAGGCCCAAAAGACACACCUAACACUAGUCAAGAGGGUACAAAAGCUGGUGAUGCUCCAGUAAAGAAACUCUCAGUCUUUCAGAGGUUCAAACAGACUUAUAAAGAACAUGGCAAAGUACUUAUCAUUGUUGAGAUAGUAACUUCAAUACUUUGGUACGGGCUGUUUUACAUCAUUGUAAGAUGGUGAGUAACAUUGAUUUUGUUUGUUCUUGAUAA